GCAGCAAUGUUGUGUUACAUUUGAAUUUUGAUUAAUUUUGAGCAAUGAUAUGAGAGAGCAAUUUAGGCAACAAGUUUGAUUCAAUAACCCACCCGUUGCAUAAAACAAUACGAGCGUGUUGGUUUUUAACCAAAACUGAGAAUCAAUAAAAAAUGUGCAAAGUAAAAACCCAUUUUGGGGGAAACUUUACUAAGCGUGCAAAUGAGCGGUAAACGUCACUGCAGUUUCCGCACAAUAGUCAAGUGUGGUGCUCGAAACCGGACGCACCAGAACAGUGCUCGUCGGGCUAAAAGCCUUUUAAAGGUGACGGAUCCGGAUAGUGCGGAGAACGGAUAUUCUCAGGCUCAGGCCACAAAGGCACGGACAACAAAUCCGAGGCACGUGCCAAGAUCCCAAACAAGACCGGACCAGCGCCAGCAACAUCAGGUCGGAAGAAACGAAGCCACGAGGAAAGUCAACUCGAAAAGGGUCGCCCAAAGCGUGAGUUUCUAUGAAAAUCAAGGUGGCAAAAUACCUAACGAGAUUUUUCUUCAGGGCCCUUUUUUUGGUUCCGGCAUAUUUUGCUCCACAUCUCGGCACGUGUUCAUGUUGCUGCGCACCCAUUGGUAUCGGCUUCAACCUUUUUCUUUCCGGCACAAAACGAGCUCCGAACUCUUCCGAAACUGCACGGCACAGACAGCGCCAUCUGUGUUUUCAACCACAUACUAG